AUGGGUCGCUCUCAGGAGCUCAGUGAAUUCAAGCAUGGUACCGUGAUAGGUUGCCACCUGUGCAAUAAGUCCAUCUGUGAAAUUUCCUUGCAGCUCAACUCAGCCACCAAGUGGUAGGUCACAUAAAAUGAAAGAGUGGGGUCAGCACAUGCUGAAGUGCACAGAAGUCACCAACUGUCUGCAGAGUCAAUAGCUAAAGACCUCCAAACUUCAUGUGGUCUUCAGAUUAGCACAACAACAGUGCAUAGAGAGCUUCAUG